GUGUGAUGAAUGCAGGACAACGAAUUCGAUUCGACGGCAACUUACGAUCUCUGCAUAGUACAGUAUUAUGUCAAUUGAAACUCGGUGGACUUUAAACUACUUGUAGUUUGUAGUUCCGCAGUUCCGCUUGCUCAGCAGUAAAGCAUAGUAAAGCAGUGGUUGUAGAUCUAUAGUCGCUGAGUAAAGGAAGCAUUCGUAUAAAACUUACAAUUAACAAAAGCAAUUUUGCUUUCUAUCAAACUCAAUAUAAUGAAGGGUCCAGGAGAACUACGUUUUGACGGUCGAGUAGUUAUAGUAACUGGAGCUGGGGCAGGCCUAGGUCGUGCAUAUGCAUUGCUCUUUGCUUCAAGAGGAGCCAGUGUUGUAGUAAAUGAUUUAGGUGGAGGAAGAGACGGUGAUGGAAAAAGUACCAAGAGUGCAAAUGCAGUUGUUGCAGAAAUUAAAAAGAAUGGUGGAAAAGCAGUUGCCAAUUAUGAUUCUGUGCUUGACGGUGCAAAAAUUGUUAAAACAGCUAUUGAUACAUUUGGGAGAUUAGAUGUGGUUGUUAAUAAUGCUGGAAUUUUGAGAGAUAAAUCAUUUGCUAAAAUGUCAGAGACAGACUGGGAUUUGGUACAAAAUGUUCACCUGAAAGGUUCUUUUAAAGUCGCUCAAGCUGCUUGGCCAUAUUUUACUAAACAAAAUUAUGGUCGAGUAAUAAUGACAGCAAGUAAUAGUGGAUUAUACGGAAAUUUUGGCCAAGCUAAUUAUAGUUCAGCAAAAAUGGGUCUUGUUGGUUUGGCUAAUACAUUGGCUAUCGAAGGGAGAUCAAAAAACAUAAAUACCAAUGUAAUAAUUCCGACUGCUGCUUCUCGUUUAACAGAAGAUAUUUUGCCACCAGAAUUCUUUCAGCAACUGAAACCUGAAUUAAUAGCGCCGGUAGUUGCUUGGUUGUGCCAUGAGAAAUGUACAGAAAAUGGCUCAAUUAUUGAAUCUGCACUAGGUUGGGCUGGAAAAUGCCACGUGAUUCGCUCCUCGGGAGCCACUUUGAGGCAAGAUUUAUCGAGUGAUGUGACUCUGGAAGAUGUUGAGAAAAAUUGGGAAACUGUUACCGAUAUGUCAUCCGCUAAACGUUAUAAUUCCAUCGAAGAAGUGACAGGACAGUUGUUAACUUCCGUUGAAGAAAUGAAAUCUGGAAAUCCCGGAUCUGAGAACAACAGUGUCUAUAAACACACUUACAAUCACCGGGAUACAAUAUUAUACGCUUUAGGAGUUGGUGCUACUGUUCAAGAACCAUCUGAUUACCGUUAUUUGUACGAAAAUGACAGCAAUUUUGCUGUAAUACCUACGUUUUACGUUUUACAUGCUCCGAUACACUGUAUGUCUUCUUCGAUGCUCGAAGACAGUCUACCCGGUUUGCAAAUGGAUCCAACGCGGAUAUUGCACGGGGAACAAUAUAUUGAAGUUUACAAACAAUUGCCGACGGAAGCUACAGUGGAAUCACGAUUCAAGCUUCUGGAUGUAUUGGAUAAGGAUAAGGGUGCUGUGCUUCUGAUACAUCAGGAAACAUUUGAUACUGCCACUGGUGAAAAGUUAGCUGUAGGACAAAUGGCAGCAUAUAUAAUAGGAGCAGGUGGUUUCAAAGGAAAGCGAACAUCUUCGCACAGUAUACCAGUCAUUGAUCCCCCAAAUCGAAAACCUGAUGCAUCGGUUACUCAACAGACCAGCUAUGAUCAGGCUGCAUUAUAUAGAUUGAGUGGAGAUACAAAUCCUUUACACAUUGAUUUAAAUAUAGCUACGAUGGCUGGUCAUAAAAGACCCAUUUUGCAUGGACUAUGCUCCCUUGGAUUUUCUGUUCGUCAUGUACUUCAAUCAUAUGCUGACGGUGAUCCAAGUUUAUUUAAAUGCGUUAAGGCUCGUUUUGCGAAACCGGUGUAUCCAGGACAAGCAUUGCGAACCGACAUGUGGCGAGAAGGAAAUAGGAUACAUUUCCAAACGUAUAAAACAGAUGACAAUGUACCAAUUUUAACAGGUGGCUAUGUUGAUUUAAAAGAUGUAAAAUCCAAGCAAUCAGUAACAUCUUCAAUAAAUGUUUCUACUAAUGCUACAAAUCUUGAAAGUGAUCCGGUGUUCACCACAAUCACUGAAUAUGUAAAACAGCAUCCAGAAGAAGUAAAGAAAAUUAACGGAAUCUUUCUUUACCAUAUUUUAGUGAAAGGGAAACCACAGGCAACGUGGACUUUGGAUUUGAAAAAAGCUGAAGUUUAUAAGGGCGAACCAAAAUCGGGUAAGCCCGAUGCAACGCUGACUCUGGAAGAUGCGGAUAUGAUUCAAAUGGCUUUGGGAAAAUUAAAUCCACAAAUGGCAUUUAUGCAAAAGAAACUAAAAAUUACAGGAAAUAUCAUGCUUACGCAAAAACUAAAGUCACUUAUGGAUGCUGGUAAAUCGAAGUUGUAAUAUUAUAUAAAUUGUUAUUUUAUCAUAUUAAGGUAUAUAGUUAUUAUUAUUUGUUAUUAAGUAUUUUUACACUUUUAUAAAUGUUAAUUACUAUAUGGUUAUGGGAGGUUGAACUGGGAAUAAAAUGUACAUAUAUUAUAAAUGUUGGUAUACUUUUUAAUAUCAUGAAUGCCAAGCUUGUAUAAUUAAAGAUAAAAAAAUUUUAAUGAACCUAAUAAUAGAGAUUGAUCAUUCUUCAUAACAUUUUUAUAAACAUGAAAAGAAAAUGCAAACAUAUUACUAAAAUAUUUGUCUUUUACAGAAUAACAUCUCUCUUGCUGUACAUCUCUUUCUCCUCAUUUGUACUUUCUGAGUCAAAUGGUUCUAACUUUAUUUUUAAAUCAGAACACUAUGACUUAUUUAUUUUCUAUAUCACUUUCUUCGUCAGAAUUAUUCUCAACCUUGUUCAUAAGUCUUUGUUUUAUUAUGUUUACAAAAUCUGAAUCAGGGUUGUUUCUACAGUAGUCUCUGGUUUUAGCUGGUUUUUGUGAAAGUCUUUUAACACUUCUUUUUUUCUUAUUAACAUUCGUUCGAACUUUUGAUAUCGUCGUUUCAGAUUUAAAAUUUUUUUCCGAAUCAGUUGAACCGCUUACCGGGUCGAAAUGUUCGGUUUGCGAAAGUGAAUUAUUUUCAAAAAAUGUCUUUACGCUAUCUUGCGAAAUACAUGCUACUGAAUUAUCGAGUGACGUAAUUUCUUCCUUUUCGUCAGUUUCCUGCCCAACAGACUGCACUUGAUCCACAAUAAAUUCCGUGCUAUGAGCUAUUGCUACAUCAGAGGUAUCUAAACAUAUAGUAUCCUUAUUAGCGACUCUUCCCCCAUGCAAGAACGCAGAUACAUUUUUUCGCCUCCACAUCUUCGAGGUUCUUGGAAUAAAUUGUUUACAUUUUCCUUCGAACGAAAACUCCUUUGUAUCGACGUCCGUAACUUCUCCUUUUAAGAACUGUAAGUAUUUCUUCAGAGAGGUAAAAAAGUGCAAUUUGUCGGACAUUCUAGGGAAAUUCGCACAACGGGCACUGCUCGACGGAGUAACCCAAAUUGCAACAUCUCCGAUGCAUUCUGGUUGCAAUCCUAAAUUGAAAUUACCUGUUUUAUUAGCAAACACUUCAUAGAUGCAUUUGCCAUUAAAAACAGCAAUUUUUGGUCUAUACAGUAGCAGUUUUUCUUCGACGAUUUUGGAACCUUCUUUAAGUUCCGUACGCUUCAAGUCAGCGGAGGAUUUUGUGGCUCGUUCUACUAUAUUCGUCAAGCCAAUUCCGUAUCGAAGGAGUUUGUAAUCUUCUUCGUAUGUUAAACAUCGAGGAGUUAGUCCUGAUUCGUAUAAAAGUUUGUAAAAGUGAUUACCCGGACCCGCGUAAUAUCUACCACGAUAUGCUGCCAUUAAACCAGGAUUUAUUCCAACGAAAACCAUGUCCAAGUUCAUUUCCAAAUAGUCUGGCAGAGUAUGUUUCUGUACUUCUUCCUCUGAUAACCCAUCGAAUCGAUCAAUUUUCUUUUUUGGUUUGUCGAGCUUUUCUACGGCUAUCUUCUUUUUUAAUUUACUUAAAGUAAGGGAACACAUCGCGCUACGUAAAAUCAUUCCCAUAUAUGUAUUAUAAGACAGUUAAUGUAUCACAUAUUUACAUUAUUUAACUUUUUCAAAGUGUUUUUAAAUUUUGUUAAUAGAACAUAUUUUUCCCCGCUUCUUUGAAUUCAAUUGUAUAGGUUAGCUACCACUAUCUAUACGUUAUUCCACGAUGUAACGUAUCUGUAUUGCGCAGUUCGAUUAACUUCAGAUUUCUCGCGGGGCAAGGUAUAACAUACAUUAAUUGGACCGUUAUUUCACGUCAGAAGUAAUUUUUUUACUUUAUCUGAAACUUUACCUUUUAGAUUCUGAAUGAAAUAUGAUUCUGGCAUUUUGUAUGAUUUUAUUUCACGUUCUAAUAAUGCUAUUUUUUUAUUUUUCUCGGUUAAGAUCUUACGCAAUCUUUGUGCAGCUGUUGUUAAUUGUUCAAUUUGUCUGACUUUCUGUCGAAAAACAGGAAGGUGUUUGCAAGUACGUUUACGAACACUAUUCUUUCGUACAGACAUCUGGUUAUUGUUAGACAAAUCAUAUAGUACUGGCACGGCAUCCUUUGUUAAUUUAAUUUGAACAACUUUGUGUUUCUCUGCAAAAUGUUUCGUGCAAAUAUAUCGCUUCUUUAGAGUUUCGUUGGAUAGAUCAGCAAAAUCAUCGUUGCCACUGUUCACUAUCCACUCUAUCAACCGUUCAGUAUCCUGAACUGGAAAGCAAUGAAGGGACACGUUUUUCUUAUUACGUGAUGUUAUGGUACAGCCACGGAAAGCACAUUUUUUGUAUGCUGCUCGUUUAUCAGAACUAGCCAUUUUUUUUUCAGAAAACCAAUCGACUGGAUCACAAAUUCGUCUGUAAAUGCACGUGCGAAUCGUUUGAACAACUUCCUUGCCUGCAAUGCAGUGGUACCAGAAUCAUGAGACCGUGAAUUGUCCUCCACCCAAACGAAACGUUUACAUUACAAUGCUGCCAACUUCAUACCGUUACUUUUAAAGAUGUUUUGUACUGGGAAAUAGACGAAGAUGGUGCACGACACUGAACGGGAAGUGGGGUAAGGCGUUUCCGGUACACGAUGUCUGGUAUUCGUGGUUUUUGCUCCGUCCUGCAGAAUGGUUUUAUAAAAAAUCAUUUAUGAUAUAUAAUUUUGAAAAAUUAUCAUUAUAUAGAAAUAGAUAUGAAUAUAUUUUACCUGAGUUAGAAAACGCGUACGAAUUUUGGCUAGAUUAUCUAUCUGUGCAUGCCUUCUAGAUAAUCUUGGAUCUAUUGGAGCAUUUCCGACUCAAAUAACAGAGCAUUUCCAACGGACGAUAUCAUGUUUCCGUAAGAAUUUAUAGUAACUUUAGUAUCUGAUAUUCAUCAGAAUACCAGAGUUCAUUUAUUUGUGAUGAUAGUAACUUUAUUUUGCUGAUUUUGUAAGGAAUCGGUUAGUGACUUAUAUCUCUUUUUUAAACAAUAAGUUUUCGCAGCACGAAACUUAAUUUUCUUUUUUAAAGCUUUAAAUUUCAUUUGAUCGAGAAGAUUUACGGAAUUAAAUAUACGCUGUAUGUUCUUUCUGUUUCUUAUUCUUUUAACUUUUUGUGAUAACGUUUUAGAAGAUUUUUUGCAAACAGCGCAUCUUUUGCUAUUAAUCGAUAAAAUAGAGCAAUCUUUAUGACGUAAAUUUGAAUAGAUGUCUUUUCUGAAAUCAGCUUUAUCUUGUACAUAAUCUAUGUCUACAGGCAUAAUACCUUGGCAAAUACGUAAAUCCUUAAACUUUUUUAAUAUCUCUGGCAAUCUUGAAAUCUCUUUUAAAAAUGUUGGAAGUUUUGCACAACUAACAUCAACAGGUGUAGAAUAAACUUCAUAAGUUAUUUCUCUAGAUGCCUUAAUUAUGACGGCUUUCUCAAGAAUAUGUUUUUGAAUUCCGUAUUCUUCGUUCUGUACAAUGCAUGUGAAUAAAAGAGUUUCUUCCGA